GUAUUGAGAACAUUCACCGCAUCUGCGGUAACAUGGUUUCCAGUUGCAAGAUGACGCCAUGGAUGAUGGCAAUCUUUUGUCUGGUGACAGCAGGCUGUACGAACGUUACGGAUCAGCAAACAUCGGAAAGUACGCACAAUCAUCAAGUGGCUAUCUUGAAACAGAUCAGAAAGGUUAAUGAAGACGGUUCUUACACUUAUGGAUACGAAGCUGGUGAUGGAUCAUUCAAGGUCGAGACCCGUGACGUUCUAGGCAACAUCAAAGGUACAUUCGGUUUCGUCGACGCUGAGGGUGAAAUAAAGAGAGUCUCGUAUUCUUCCUCUAACGGAACGGGAUUUAAAGCUACGACCCUAUCGCCAUUGCAGGAACACAUAUCGGUGGUCCAGAGUAUACCACGUGUCAAUCGUACCAGCACCAGCAACAAUAGUGGAAGCAGUAGCAGUAGCAGUACAACUACAACUACAACGACAACGAAGAGGCCAAAUUUGGUCUACGCUUCAACAGAAUCAUCGACCAAAUCAUCGGUCGUCCAAUCGAUUCCAAGAACGAGGAAAACUUCAACAACUUCGACAACAACUACGACAACACAGAGUACGAGUACCGAGUCAACGAAAAAUAUAUUCAAUCAUUAUUUGAAAGGUAAUUCCAAAAGUAGGCCACGAUUUAUUAUUAACGGCCAACAAAGACCAAUCGGAGUUGAGGAAGAUUCUGAAGAAGCUGAAGAUUCGCAGAUAAAUCGGCCAAGUACCGAAGAAAAGAAUGGUGGAUAUCGGAGAAUUUUAUUUGCCAAACGUCCUGUCGAACAAAAUUUGAGACCGAUUACUGAAGAUUUUGUUGAAAAGGAUGACGAGCCGAAAAUAUCUACCGGUAAUAAUUUGAGAAGACAACUUCAUGAGGAUUCGACUAAAGCCAGUACAUCGACUAAUAAUAACAAUAACAAUAAUAAUAAUAAUAAUAAUAAUAAUAAUAAUAAUGAUGAGCAUUCUGACGUUUAUGGUGGAGCAUUGUCCACCACACGACCAUUGUUCACAACUACGAUUCCACCUAGGGUUCUUCAACGUAUUCCUGGACCACGUUUAGAAAGACCAAAAAUAUUUGUUAAUCGAGACAAUCUAGGGCCUGCUAGGUUUGAUGAUGGCAAAUACGAAGGUCCUAGAGUAUACGAACCAGAACAAAAAUCAACGUUGGAAGAACAAACUUCUACUCAAUCGAUUCUGAUUCGUGGACCACCAAGAAUACCUGUUGAAAAUCGAGAAUAUCUUCGACAAACAACAGAACCUAUAUUUGUACGUUCUCAACCAGAAUCCUAUGUACGAGAAUUACCACAGAGAAUUUUGGUACAAGCUCAACAAAAUAAUGUUGAAGAUGAAUCACAAGCUUAUAGACAAAUUCCAAUUGGUAGACUUUUGUAUAGGCCCGUAACCAAUCAACAACAACUUUACAGUACCACUACAGAUGCCAAUGUUCAUUAUUUAUCCGAUAAUCCAACUGUAGAACCAGAAGAAGAAUCCCGUUUGACGAUGAAUCAAAAUUACGUCAGACCCAGACCAUAUUCUCGACCAUUAAUUUAUCAAGAACUAGAAGCACGAGUAAGACCAAUUGCCAGACCAAUUCCACAAUCACCAGCUCCUCAAAAUAUCGAAGAUCGAGAAUAUCAACAAACAACUCCCGAUUAUGUUUAUCGGACUACGCCAUUAGCUUUACCACCAGAACCACCAAACCCAAUAGCACCUCCACUCAGUAGAAGAGAUUUCCAGAUGUUACUCAGACGUCUUCUGGUUAGCCAAUAUGGUGUUCAAGCUCUAUCCUAUCCUAAAACUUAUUUGGAAGAUGCUCUUUACGAUCAACAACCAUACCCGUCUUAUCAAUCAGGAUAUCAAACACCCAUACCAAGACCCGAUCUUGCUACUUAUGAUCAACAAGUAACAAUGCAAUAUGGUGAUCGUGUUCCAUUGAGACGUCCAACUUAUACUAGAGGAUUGAAUCCAAUCUAUCAAACUCAUCAUCAGUACGACGAUUACCAAGAUGGCAGAUUUGCCAAACGCGUUUACCGACAAAAGUUUUAUACCCAAGAAAUAACUGACGAUGGAGAUGAAAUCUUACCAGCGCCUAUCAGAGAAGCCUUACUUUUGCGAAUGCUGCAACUUGCUAUUAACGCUGAACGACCAGCUGUGGUAGGAAACACCAUGAUUAGUACAACAACGCCUGCUUCGAGAUACAGGAAAACUGGUCCGGUUAGAAGCGUUCAAAUUAUUACCGACGAGUCUGACGAAGACAAGGACGUUAUGAACAAAAAAAUGUAACUUCUCUUAUUCUUACUUUUCUUUCUAUUCUAUUUUUUUUU